ACCUAUUCUAUUUCUAAAUCCCAUAGUUAUCGAUAUUUUGUAUCCCUUUUGGCUUUGAUUCUUCCUUCAAUAUACGGGGAAAAAUGUUUUAAAAAAAUGCUACGAAAGUUGUAUAAAUAUCAUCAUCAAAAGAAUGCCAACAAGAUCGUGCUUCAGCGAUGGCAUCGACAGCUGCACAAGAUCCCCGAACAUUUGCAGCAAGUGGAGACCGAAAAGGAUCCCGAAUUCUCAUCGAUGAUCAUGUUCUACUACCACAAGGCCGCACAGCUGCUGGAGAAGGAACUGAUCCGCCAAAUGGAUGUCUACACGUACAUGACACCCGAACAGAAGGCGCAGAGAGUGGAGGGAAUCCUGCAGAGGAUCGGCAGUGUGAAUACCGCCCUGGAGGUGACUUUCAGCAUCAAACGGCAGAAUGAGUACGAAGUGAUAACGGGGUAUCGGGCGCACCAUUCGCUGCAUCGAUUGCCCCUCAAGGGAGGCAUUCGGUAUGCCACCGAUGUGACGGGCAGCGAGGUGAAGGCCCUGGCCGCCAUCAUGUCCUUCAAGUGCGCGUGCGUGAACAUACCCUUUGGGGGCUCCAAGGGUGGCAUUUGCAUCGAUCCCAAGCGAUAUUCCUCCGAUGAGCUGCAGACCAUCACGCGCCGCUACACGAUGGAGCUGCUCAAGCGGAACAUGAUUGGUCCUGGCGUGGAUGUGCCGGCGCCGGAUGUGAACACCAGCGGCCGGGAGAUGGCUUGGAUGGAGGACCAGUAUAGCAAGACCUUCGGCUUCAAGGACAUCAGCGCCAAGGCCAUUGUGACGGGCAAACCGCUGCACACGGGCGGCGUACGGGGACGCGAAUCGGCCACGGGACGAGGCGUCUGGAAAUCGGCGGAUAUCUUUCUGCAGGACAAGGAUUGGAUGGAUCAAUUGGGCUGGCAGACGGGUUGGCAGGACAAGCGGAUUGUCAUCCAGGGAUUCGGCAAUGUGGGCUCCUUUGCCGCCAAAUUUGUCUUUGAGGCAGGCGGGAAAAUUGUGGGCAUCAAGGAAUGGGAUGUGUCAAUCACCAAUACCGAGGGCAUCGACAUUGAAGAUCUUUUGGCUUAUAGAGACCAAAAUGAUAGCAUCAAAGGUUAUCCCAAAGCGCAGGAAUCGAAGGAGGAUCUGCUGAUCGCCGAUUGUGACAUUUUGAUACCGUGUGCCACACAAAAGGUCAUCACCAGCGAGAAUGCCAAGGACAUCAGGGCAAAGUUUAUACUGGAGGGAGCCAAUGGACCCACGACCCCAGCCGCUGAGAAAAUUCUCAUCGAUCGUGGGGUUCUCAUUCUGCCCGAUAUGUUCUGCAAUGCGGGCGGGGUGACGGUCUCGUACUUUGAGUAUCUGACGAACAUUAAUCAUGUGUCCUAUGGCAGGAUGAGUGCCAAACGCAUCUCCCAGACCAUCAAUGCGCUGUUCGAUUCGAUUAAUGAGUCCCUGAGCAAAUGCAACAUUAAAUGUCCCCACAUUGAGCCCAGCGAGCGACUGAAACGGUUCCGUGAUGCCCGCGAGGAGGAUAUUAUCGAUGCUGCCCUGCAAACUGUCAUGGAAAUGUCCGCUCUGGGCAUCAAGAAGACUGCCAUUAAAUUUAAUAUCCGCAAAGAUCUACGAACGGCUGCCUAUAUCUGGUCUACCUCUAAGAUUUUUCAGGUGAUGGAUGGUUCGGGAAUGUGGUGAUGGACAUUUCUAUGCCGGCUCGACUACUGCUGCUGUCUGUACUUUAUAGGGCGGAAUAAGAGUGAUUUUUUUCUGCUCCUGUUACAUGAAUUUCCACGAAUAAAUCAUACCCUUUUUACUCAACAAAUACCAGGAUACCAGGGUACAAAGGA